CAAAUAUUUACGUAGAUGUUCGGGUUUAUUCCGUUAAACGGUACGAUAUAAUAUAUAUAUCGUAAACAAAGUGCGGGCUCGUCAAAAAAGGGCAAAAAUGAGGACAACUAAGCAAGCUAGUGCCAGUCCAGGGUCACCAGGAUGGAUGUCUGCCAAGGAUAUGUUUAAGUCUCCAAAGUCACCCUCACCGGUUGCCUCUCGCACACGCAGGACUUCUGUGUACCAGCCUAGGGGAGCUGUGAACUCCAAUCCCUUUGACUUUCGUCGACCACCAGGGCUUAAGUCACCCCCAGGAGUGAAGACUCGAGCCACUAGGCGGUCGUCAAUAUACCAGCGCCGCGGGGGCCAGCUUGUAUCUCCGCCCAAAACUCGAACAAGGCGCACAUCCAUGUAUGUUGGGAAUAAGAACAAGUCAGAGCAGGCAGAGUUCUUCUCCAAAGUCUGGGCCACUCCUGUGCGAAAACCAGAGCCAAUCCAGGAAUUGACAGAUGCCAAAGUAUCCGUCAGAGGUUCACCAAAUAAAUCUGUAACACCUGCCAAGAAACAAGCCAAGACACCCAAGUCGGCAACAAAAUCAACAAGCAAGUCACAAAAUACCUCAAAAGUCACAAAAACUCCAAUCGAAAUAAAAGAACCAGUGCCAAGUCCAGUCAAGCUGAGGGCAAAGAAAACUCCAGGAAAAAGCGUGUCGCAAGCCAGCUCUGCCAAGCCCCCGAUGCCGAAGAAAAAUUCUCCUGGGUCAAAAUCGUCGUCUAAAAAGAAGACACCACCCAAAAUGAAGCUUGCUGUUAUUACAUCCACACCAACAAAAUCUCUGGAGGAUAUCACUGGGAAAUCAUUCUAUGGCACGCCUGGUGAAACGCCCAUACAAAAUAGGAGAACAGAUGAAGUUUUUAUAUUCUCUGCCAUAAAAUCAGCAAAAAAGUCUGCAAAAAAGGCCCAAUUUUCAACACCCCCAUCGACACCAGUGAAAGAAUCUGUACAGAAAAUGCCCACGACAAAAACGCCUGCAGUAAACAAGAUCACAUCUGACAAGAAGACUCCCGCAGUAAAACGUAAACGCAACUCCACCGGCGGAGAGUCUGUUCCAGUGGCUAAGAAAUCAAGGCAGAGCCCAGCAGUUACCCCGACUGAAAAACGUCUGAUCAAGUCUGCAAGGAGAACAGCUAAGAGUCCAUCAGGAACCCCAGCCGAAAAGCGUGUGGUCAAGUCUGCUAAGAAAACUGCUAAGAGCCCACCAGAAACCCCAGCUGAAAAACGUGUAGUGAAGUCUGCUAAGAAUACUGCUAAGAGCCCACCAGAAACCCCAGCUGAAAAACGUGUGGUCAAGUCUGCUAAGAGCCCAUCAGAAACCCCAGCUGUAAAACGUGUGGUCAAGUCUGCUAAGAAAACUGCUAAGAGCCCACCAGAAACCCCGGCUGAGAAACGUGUGGUGAAGUCUGCUAAGAAAACUGCUAAGAGCCCCCCAGAAACCCCAGCUGAAAAACGUGUGGUGAAGUCUGCUAAGAAAACUGCUAAGAGCCCACCAGAAACCCCAGCUGAAAAACGUGUGGUGAAGUCUGCUAAGAGCCCAUCAGAAACCGCAGCUGAAAAACGUGUGGUGAAGUCUGCUAAGAAAACUGCUAAGAGCCCACCAGAAACCCCAGCUGAAAAACGUGUGGUGAAGUCUGCUCGGAGAACUACGAAGAAACCUGAUGUCAAGACAAACCUUACAGACGUGAAAGCGACUCUCUCUAAUAUAGAAAUUUCCACUAUUUCACAGUCAACUAGGAAGAUUAGCAAGAGGAAGGCAGAGGAUUCAGAAUCCCAACGGCCAGCCAAGCUAGCUAAGGUUGAGGCUACCCCUAGGAUCAUCAAAACAGCCAAAAGAGCUUCUCCAAAAAAGUUGGCAGACUUUGAGAACACAAACAAUUCACAAAGUGACAAUAACCAGGGUGAUUCCAGCAUGCUCAACGAAACAUUUAACACAGACAGUCGCAGUGGGCGAUGUGUUAUUUUGUAAAUAUGAUUGGAAAUUUGGUUGGAAAUCGGGUGCAUUUGCCAUAAUUAUAAUACACAUGUAUGAUAUGAACAUAUUCAUCUUCCUUUUUGUUAAUUCUGUUUCAAUUUUUACUUUCUUUUCUGUAUCUUAACUUUCUCUGUUUUUAUCUCACUAUGUAGUCAUUUCUUGUUGUUUAUAUAUAUUUUUUUUAAAUCUUAUUUACAAUGAAUUCUCUUUUCUUCGUUUUGGGGUCUGACUUUUUGACAUUGAUCAUUUUAGGUGACUUUGAUCUGAAAAUAUUUUUAACCAUCAGUUUUAAUAAUUAUUAUUUUAUUGCUUUUUAUUGCAUGUUCAUAUUUAAUUUAUUUCAUACUGAAGUAUAUAUAUAAUUAUUUAUAUAUAUAUAUAUAUAUAUAUAUAAGGGCAUCAGAUGUUAUGGCAGCUAUAACCAUGAUCUCAUGCUAUUAAAUAAGUUUACUGCAUAAAACAUCAGUUGAAGUAAUGCAUCAAGAUUUAUCCUUUUAUUUAUUUACUGAUUAAGGUAGUGUUAAGUAUAUUUUAAUUUUUUAAACAUUGUUGAAGUGAAAUUUAGUAAAAUGACUAGGUGCACUUUUUUAGUGACAAUUUAAUGAAAUUCAUUAUUAAUUCAAUUAAGUUUUGUCAUUUAGUUUGAUUUUCUUUUGUGGUGACAAGAUCAAACCAAUUAAAAUUGCAUUAUAUUUUGUUUGAUUUUGUUUAUUUAUUGCAAGUCUGUCACAAGCACUUUGAGUGAUGGUUGUUUGGGUGAGGUACUGGUUAACUCAUACAUGUAGAAAAACUGGAGUGUUAGUGAGGAUUUUGCAAAAUAAAAUAUUUCAUGAUUGU